AUGGCAGAAACACUGAUUCCCGUGGCAACACACAGCCCCCCGGGUAGUUUGACUGUUCCAACAGCCUUUCCUCUACGGCCUGCUAGUUCCGCAGUAAAUGUUCGGUAUAUCGGAAACGGACUUCUACUUUCUAAUCCUCAACUAGACAACAGCUGCUCUAGCCUAUGGCAAGGUAAUAGCUAUUGCUUUCAAGCGGUGGGCAACAUCAACACCUAUGCCGGUUAUUCAACGACAAGCUGGACGGCAUAUACCACACUGGCUUCAACUAUCAAUCUGAGCGCAACCGUUACCGCCAACCGUACUACAACCAGCGUUACUCAAUCUUCCGAAGCGACUUCUACGGCAUCUUCGUCUGUGAACACCUCCCCAGAUGGCACUUGCGGCGAGUCUACCGGGUAUUCGUGCACCAACUCUCAAUUUGGGAACUGCUGCAGCAAAUUUGGCUACUGUGGAUCAACGAGCGACUACUGCGAAACCAACUGCGACCCUGCAUACGGCGAGUGCAAGGCUUCCUCCAUAGCCAGCAGUCUGACUCCGACCUCAGCAUCUACGGCGACCCCGACAUCCACAGCCAAUAUCUCGCCUAAUGGUCUGUGUGGGGCCAAUAAUGGAGGCUAUACCUGCCUGAACUCACAAUUUGGCAAUUGCUGCAGCCUUUAUGGUUACUGUGGAUCGACCAGCGACUAUUGUGCCUCGCAAUCCUGCGAUAGCUCCUAUGGAGAAUGUUCUGCUCAAGUCCGAGACGUCCGAACGCUUGUCUACUUUCCAAUCCACCAAUCACAGGCGAAGACCCCGGAAGCUCGGAUGCAUACUUUGUACUAAGACCCUGAGUAACCAGGGUUGCGGUCCCGCACUACGAUAUUAGCAAAGACAGGAAAUUCAUCCAGG